AUGUUUUCUCUACCUGCAGUUCAGGAGUUCUCCACAUUGACGCUUCUGUCUGCCGGAGCAUCUGUCCUCCUUGGCUUAUUAUACUUAACUCUAUUUCCUGGAAAAUAUCAAUUUCCUCCAGGGGCCCCAAAACUUGUUUCAGGACAAUAUCCUAUAAUUGGUGCUUCUGGAUUUUUCACAGCUCGCUGGGACUUUUUCCGAAAUGCCAUUGCCCAAAGUCCAACGGGGAAUUUCUCAUUCUUCCUCGGAAAGUAUCCUGUGGUAGGUUUGAGUGGAGAAAUUGGCAGACGGGUAUUCUUCGACAGCCGAGAGUUGGGAUUCGCAGAAGGGUACGCGGUGCUAUUUGGGCAGUCACCAAACAGCUUGCACGAUAAUCAGGAUUUUGAAAAGAGCAAAGAGCUCACUGGUCCAGGUGGCUUCAGCAGUAGGACUUAUACACGGAUGCUCAAAGCGGAGAAUUUUGUUAAAAGCUUGCCUCAACUCAGAAAGGAUGUUCAAGGAAGCAUGAAUAGGUUAGCCAACGAUCCUUCGGGAAUCACAGAUCCAUUUGAAAGCAUAUAUCGCAUCGUUUAUCAGCUUACGAUACGGACCGUGGGAUGUGAUGACAUUGCUGAGAACCCAGAGUUACUGGAAAAGACUCUACAACUUUUCGAGACUGUCGAAGCCAGUGCUACUGCAACAACGAUUUUAUUUCCAAAGUUUCCAUCAAUAGGUAUCAUCAAAAGAACUAUCGCGGGAGGGCGGCUUUAUAUGAUUAUCAUGAAGAUUGUUAAUGAAAGGAGAAAAACAGGGAAAAGACGUGAUGAUCCUCUUCAGAUGUUGAUUGAUGAUGAUGUCGAGGUAGAACAGAUUGUGACUCAUAUUAUUGGUUCUCUUUUUGCGGGCUUAUUGAACAGUGGCAUUAACUCUGCAUGGGCGCUUGCUUACUUAGCCACCAACCCUGAAUGGAUGGGCCGAGUUCGAGACGAAAUUAAUUUUGUCGCACAAAAGUACACCUCCAAUCCUGAUGCUCCUCUUGUUGAGCAACUUUCAGAGAUUCCAAGUGAUGCCUGGGAAUCGGAGUUUCCCAUGAUGCAUCUUUGUCUCAGAGACAGCAUCAGACUUCAGCUUCUAGGUACUGCAUUUCGCAGAAACAUCAGUGGUCGAGAUGUUCCCGUUGGGGACCACGAGGUCAUUCCUCCAGGAGCUUUUGUAUGUUUUCAUGUCGGAGACAUUCAUUUAAAUCCGGACAUCUACCCAGAACCCACAAAAUGGGACCCUUCAAGAUAUUUGCCAGAUCGUGCAGAGGAUAAAAAGGUGCAUUAUGGUUGGAUGGGUUGGGGGUUGGGACGACACCCAUGUCUUGGAAUGAGGUUUGCCAAAUUGGAACAGAAUAUGAUCACGGCCUACUUCAUCGCUACCUUCGACUACGAAUUGACUGAUAAAGAUGGACAAAAAGUUCAUGACACUCCGCCAGUAAACUUUAAUAGUCACACUGCGGAAAAGCCACAUCAGAGAGUGUAUUUGAAAUAUAAGAAGCGGUAG